CUGAAGAUAAACAGUUUUAAAUGACGUCGUUUUCUCUCCCCAUUCUGUCGUUUUUGUCUCCCACUUUGAAGUUCUGAAUCAGAAGGAUCUUUUACUCUUCCUUUCCCUCGCCAGCACCGCAGGUUCCAUUUCGCAGUCAUGAACUUACUGAAAAACAUUAAGAUGCAGAAGAAGGAGCCUGAUGCACCACCUCAAGUGCCUGUAUACUGGAUGGAAGCCUCCGAUUCUGUCUCCCGCCACUUCCAGUUUGAGCCAGAUGGUCAACUCUCUAUGAAGGUAGUUAAUGAUUCAAGAUCAAUACUUCUUCGGAUAGUUGAAUCCUUUGUGAAUAAAUUUUUUCCCUCUGGAUAUCCAUACAGUGUGAAUGAGGGAUACCUUAGAUACACACAGUUUAGGGCGCUGCAGCACUUCUCCAGUGCAGCAUUGUCUGUGCUGUCAACUCAGUCACUGCUAUUUGCUGCAGGCUUGCGUCCUACACCUGCACAAUCAACAGCUGUAAGCUGGGUAUUGAGGGAUGGGAUGCAGCAUAUGGGAAAGCUAAUAUGUAGCAAUUUGGGUGCUAGAAUGGAUUCAGAACCAAAACGUUGGAGAAUACUGGCUGAUGUGCUCUAUGAUUUGGGAACUGGCUUAGAAGUUCUUUCUCCCUUAUGUCCUCAUCUUUUCCUUGAGGUGGCUGGCCUUGGUAAUUUUGCAAAGGGGAUGGCAGUAGUUGCAGCUAGAGCAACAAGGCUACCAAUAUAUUCAUCAUUUGCUAAAGAAGGCAAUCUUAGUGACCUAUGUGCUAAAGGGGAGGCCAUUUCAACACUUUUCAAUGUUGUUGGAAUGGGAGCAGGAAUUCAAUUAGCAUCUACUAUUUGUUCAUCAAUGCAGGGGAAGAUGGUUGUUGGCCCUAUUCUUUCUAUUGUGCAUGUUUAUAGUGUCGUUGAAGAAAUGCGAGCUGCCCCUGUCAAUACACUAAAUCCUCAGAGGACAGCAAUGGUUGUAGCUGAUUUUGUGAAGAGAGGAAAGGUAUCAAGUCCUGCUGAUCUAAGAUACCAUGAAGAUCUCAUAUUUCCCGGAAGACUUGUAGAGGAUGCUGGCAAUGUAAAAGUGGGACGGGCUUUGCACGAAGUUUUUACGCCUACAAAACUUCACGAAGUAAAAGAUAUAUUCCCAGAGGAGAAGUUUCUUUUGAAUCGUGGGAAUAAAUGGACUGACAUGGUACUAGAGCAAAAUGCCUCAGGUGAAGAUGCAUUGAGGGGAUGGCUGGUUGCUGCAUAUGCUGCAAGCAUGGAGAAGUCUUCCCAUGAGUCUAGCAAUGUUGUCCUGCAAGAUGCUUAUUUGACAAUGAAUAGCACUGUUGAUUCGUUCUUGUCUGAACUCCAGGCCAAAGGGUGGCAUACCGAUCGCUUUUUGGAUGGAGCAGGUAGCCGUUAUGCAUGGUAGCAUUUUCUAGAUUCGAAUGAUAGUCCUAGUCCGUCCACUCCUUCAAGAUAGGAAGAUUCUUUGUUUGAAAUGAAUAGGGCAGCAGGUUAAGAUUGUUAUACAAUAAAUUAUAUUUUAUUCAGGGAAAUAGCUUUGGAAAUAUGUUGAAGUUUUCUUCCACACCCUGCUUGUUGGAGACUGUUCUAACCAGCUUGUGCUUAUGAGUUAUUAGGCUGCUGGUUGGGCUCUUCUAAUUGUAAAUCUGAAAGAAAUAGCCAAGAGCCUGACCAAAUUACUCUUAGAAUUAAGAUUUCCAGCCUAUGAAUCCUGUAAUAAUGAUGAUUAAAAUUAUCCUUGUCUUCAAUUUGUCUGUUCACUAAUUUGAAAUGAUGGAGGCAAGGAGGGCAUUUGGUUCCUAACCCUUUUUCUGUA